AUGGCAUCAAUCGCCGGGUCGCUUCAGGCUGCGCUGCCCAAGCCAAAAUACACAGGCGAAGAUGAAGAACCCCCGGUACGAGCUCAACAACGCGGUGUGCGAAUUGUUGGUCCCGGACAACUUGACGAAACCCAGCUGGUCCUCAAGCGAUCUGGUCCUCCAGCAUACGGCCAGCGCUCAGGAUGGCGCCCUCGAUCGCAGGAGGACUUUGGCGAUGGAGGUGCUUUCCCCGAAAUUCCGAUCGCUCAGUAUCCGUUAGAGAUGGGAAAGAAAGGAGGAAAUUCUAGCAACGCGUUGGCUAUUCAGGUUGAUUCCGAAGGCAAGGUCAAAUACGACGCCAUCGCGCGACAAGGACACAGCGAAAAUCGUAUCGUUCACACUUCGUUCAAGGAAUUGAUCCCUCUUCGACAACGCGCCGACGCGGGCGAGAUCGAUCUUUCGCGACCCGAUAAGGAGUCUGUGGAGGCAACAACAGAGAGGACGAAGAACGCAUUAGCUGCAUUGGUCUCGGGAGCGGUCGCAGCUCAGAAACCGAAAAAUGUUAAUAUUGGGCAACGAAAAGAUGCUACAUUUGUCCGAUAUACACCGGCAAACCAGAUGGGCGACAACUCCAAGAAGCAGGACCGCAUCAUGAAAAUUGUCGAGCGCCAAAGAGAUCCCAUGGAACCACCCAAGUUCAAGCAUAAGAAGAUUCCUCGAGGACCACCUUCGCCGCCGCCACCAGUUAUGCACUCACCACCACGGAAGCUCACCGCUGAAGACCAAGAAAUGUGGAGGAUUCCUCCCCCAAUUUCGAACUGGAAGAACCCCAAGGGAUUCACAGUACCAUUGGAUAAACGUCUGGCUGCUGAUGGACGAGGCUUACAGGAUAUAGCCAUUAGCGACGGGCAUGCCCGAUUUGCCGAAGGUUUAAAGAUGGCCGAGCGUCAUGCUCGUGAUGAGGUUCAGAAACGUGCCAUGAUGCAACAGCGCCUGGCGGAGAAGGAAAAAUUACAAAAAGAGGAUACCCUUCGAGAAUUAGCCCAAAAGGCUCGAGCAGACCGGGCUGCUGCUGGUCGUGGGCGUCGAGAUUCUCGUGACUCUGGGGACUCGAGGGACUCGAGGUCACGAUCGCGAAGCUACAGUUACUCCGAGUCAGAUCGCUCUGACAGUGAAGAUGAAGAAGUCAGAGAGCGUGUUAAAGCGCGACAAGAGAAACAGAGGGAAGAAGAGCGAAAGCUACGACAAAACCGCAUGGGUGCUGAACGCCGAGCUCAAGUUAUGGCGCGUGAACAAGGAAGAGAUAUAUCUGAGAAGAUUGCUCUAGGCCUGGCCAAACCCACACAAUCAAAGGAGACGAUGUAUGACUCGAGACUUUUCAACCAAACAAGCGGAUUCGAUAGUGGUAUUAACGAGGAUAACCCUUACGACAAGCCUCUCUUCGCUGCCCAGGACGCCAUCAACAGUAUUUACCGGCCACGAGCGAAUGUGGAUGACGACGACGAUGGCGAGGCCGGUGACCGGGAAAUGGCCAAGAUCCAGAAGAGCAGUCGUUUUGGUGAAGCCCUUGGUAAGGGGACUUUCAAAGGUGCCGCAGACGCCGAGGUCAGUUUCCAUUUUUACAUAGCGCCAUCUAAAACUUUGCUAACAAGCUCAACACAGGCACGAGAAGGACCAGUUCAGUUCGAGAAGGAUGCUGGAGAUCCUUUCAACGUUGACAAGUUUCUAUCUGAGGUGGACCAGAAUUCAUCAUCUAAGCGAGGUUUUGGCUUGCAGGAUGAAGACAACAGACAAUCCAAACGACCAAGAGUCGAACCUGACGACGACGAGGAUUAA